CAGCAGUAUGCCCGACAUGCAAACGGAAGCAGGCGCUACCAUUUUGAAACACAGCACCGCCUAGCGCCAUGGACAAGAGCCACACAGUGAAGCUCUUUGUGGGCAAUCUGGCGUUGGACACCACCCAGGAGGAGCUGUCGGCCAUCUUCGAACCCUACGGCCAGGUGGUCAGCUGCAGCGUGCUGCGGCAGUUUGCCUUCGUCCACCUGCAGGGCGAGGGCGCCGCGGAGCGCGCCAUCCGGGAGCUCAAUGGACGGGAGUUUCGCGGCCGGAAUUUGGUGGUGGAGGAGUCGAGGGGGAGGCCGUUGCACUCCACCAAGGUGUUCGUGGGUAAUCUGAGCGGGAUGUGCACCACUGAGGACCUACAGCAGCUGUUUCAGACAUUCGGAAAAGUCCUCGAGUGUGACAAAGUCAAAGCCAGGCAUUCCUCUUCCGCAGGCUAUGCCUUUGUCCACAUGGAAAACAAGGAGGAUGCCCUCCAGGCCAUCGAGGCCCUGCACGGCACCUCGUUUAAGGGCCGCCCCCUGUCUGUAGAGCUGUCCAAGGUCCAGCCCAGCAAGCAGGCGCCUACAGGAAAGAUCCCCUGCGUUAACUGUGGAAAACAGGGCCACUAUGCUGGAGAAUGCCCUGUGGGGAAGCCUUCUCUGGAGCAGUACCAGAGUCAGGCGGCGGUCCUGGCCGCCGCUGCUGCUGCAGCAGCCGGCCUGCCGCUACAGGUCCAACAAAGCGUGCACAAUUCAGUCUACAACACCUCCACCUUUGAUCCCACGUAUGCAGCUCUCACUGGGAUCACCACAGGCACACGCACUGAUGGAAACCCGGUGAAUCCAGCUGUUUACGGUGCCCUUGCCAGCCAGGUGUAUGGUGCCAAUGUUGCCAAUCAGCUUUAUGGAACAGUGGCCAAUCAGGCAGCUCUUACAUCAGGCGCCACCCAAAUGUACAGCUCGAUGGCCCCGAACAUCUAUGGCCAAAUGGCUGCAACCCCGGCGGCUGCUGCUGCGGCCGCGGCGGCGGCUGCCUACACAACUCCGGUUUACACCCCAACCGUGGCAAAUCCGCCCGUCUAUCUGACUGCUGCUCCUGGAAUAGAAAUGCCGACGGCAGCGGCUGCUGUUAACCCCGCCUACACCGUAUCUCCAGCGAUUUAUGGUGCCGCCGCACCAGCCUACGCUCACAUAAGCGCCAUGGGAGCAGCGGACCCCACCACAGCCAUCUUUGAGGCAGCCAGACAGGCGCAUUACUUUGCCCAGGGCCAGCAGGUCGUAGCCGAGCAGCAGUCAGUGGCCGCCGCCGCAGCGGCUGCCGCUGUGGCAAAGUCUGGCGAGAGGGACCGCAGUCCCCUGCGGAGGUCGGUACCUCUGCUGCCAGACCCCGUGAUGAAGCCGUUCAUGUACCAGAGAGCCAAGCCGCGCCGACCCCUGCUCCCCACGCCAGCUGGAAGAGCGGCAGAAGAGGCAGUGGAGGCUGCAGAGGACCCCAUGGCCAGGUACUAUGCAGAGUACUACCAGCAGCUGCAGCAGUACCCCCAGUUCCAGUAUGCCUACCCACCACCGAACACAGUGACCGCCAUCCCUGGCAUGCCGGGAGUGUCAGCAGUCUCUGCUGUGCCCACGAUGUCCGCCCAGCCAGUUGCCACGCUGGACGCCCUCAGGCCGGUGGUCCCCACAGCUGCGGCGGUGGCAGCCGCCAUGGCUGCGCCCAGGGUGUAUGAGCCGCCGUUGCCGCCGCCCACGCGCAAGGAGGCCAUCCUCCGCCGCCCCGAACUCUCCCUUCACACGCCUGAGCCCCCCUUCCGAUAGUCGCACACAACUCUCUGCCCCCACCCCUCACUCUUUGCCCUGAACCCCACUCCCCACCAUCUCCUCUUCCACCCCAAACUUGAACACCUUACAGCAGCUGUACGUGUGUGUAUGUGAGUUUGUGUGCGUCUGGGGGCUCUGAGUGUGUGGGGCGGGCUUUGAAACUGAGGGGCUCCUUGGUUUAUUAACCUGCUUUACGAGGGAUCAGCUGAUCAGCUAACCUUGGUCCUGUUUGCAUGCACACAGUGCAGCCAUGAAAGGGAGGCUCUCAUCUGUUGUACGGGCAUUCUUUGUGCUUCUCAGUUUUACUUUUUUAUCGUGCCAGUCUCACACUUGUGCCAGUAUUAGACUGAUCCCGUCAGUCGUUUCAUAUGCCUUUAUUUCCGCAACCCAGUUAUGAUUUUCUACGGCCAAAUCUACGACAAGAAACAUUGGUUAUCAGCCAUCCUCCUUAGGCCUAGAUGAUCAGUUAGGGCAGCUAAUUUGAAACCUUUUUUGCCUUAUGUUGAAGAGUUUGGAUUUAUUAUCAGAUGAGAAGUCAGAUAAACACAUAUUGUGUCGUGGCUGUGUUGCAUUGUGCCCAACAGAACCAAGGUUGUGUUUUUUUUUUUUUUGGGGGGGGGGUGUUUGUCUUGAAUGUGACGUGGCUGUACGUGUGAACGAGUGCAAGACUGAAACAUGUGCGGGCUCCUGACCUUGCAGCGCACAAACGCAGCAGCUAAGACUGCACCUUGCAGAAAAAAAACAGUAAAGCACACACACAAUACGUACUGUAAUGUAUGUUUGGAUCUCUCCUCGACCCUUCCCCCCGCCUGUACUCUUAACUACAGCGCUGGAAGACACUGCUUCACCUCUCUUUCUCUUUCUAACUACAGCUGCCUACCUCUAUCAGUAAAAUUUCAGUGUAGAGUCUAUUCUACUCUAUUAUAUUCCACACGUUUCACCCGGUCAGCAGUUCAUUUCCUGCUCCUCGGAAAAGUACAGGGUCAGCAGUUUAGGGAGGGAGGAGCCGGAUUUAGGUGACAAUGACUUUUGUAGAUAUUCUGUAUUAAGUCCUCCUACAUGUUCAGAGGCCUUUUUUUAAAAUAGUUUAUGUGUUUUGUUUGUGUUAAUGUACUUUACAUGUAAUACAAGUCAAACUGGGGUGUAAUGAAUUGUAAAUGGGGGGGGGGGGGGCAAAGCCCAUGUGUGACUACUGAAUGAGCUGUUUACAAAGGAUCUUUACACUGCAUCCUAUUAGGAAUCAUGAUAUGUGACAAGCUCAAUUACGUGCCUAUAAGCUUUGAGUGAAGUGCAUUAAGUGGAGGCAUCUCCUAUUUUAAGUGCUUUUGACUUUUUAAUCAUUUCAAGGGGGGCGACGGGAGCCUUACAGGGCUUAGUAUCCAGCAGCGACGCUUUCUCGUGGACUCCUGUGCCAGAUUUGUUUCAUAUCAUACGGUUUUCGAGAAAAAAGCCACAAACUGGGCCUCACGGGUUCGUGAUUAGCCGCCGGUUUUAAGCAGGAACGACAGUGAUAGCACCAAUGAAGUGAGAGAUGGGGCAGUGUCUUCCAGUUGCCCCGACUGUCCUACUUUUUCCAAAUACCAGACCUGCUUCAGAUUGUAAAUGCAAAGAUAUUUAGUGUCUGUUUUAAUCUGGUUGUUGGAUCCGGUGGGUGUGGUUUGCUGCAUCGGGAUAACAAAAGCAUGACUUUGGCGCUUUGGGACGUUCGUCAGCUUCCACCCAUUUGAUGCUACAAUCGCUUAAAACAAUCACUCAGUUUUUUUUGCAGCUACUGUGUGACAGCGGUCUGAUGCACACGCAGACAUGCCCUCUGAAAUCACCUUACUGCCUCGCUGUUCCCCCCUCCCCUCCCCUCUCCCCGUGUGGUUUUUAGUGGUUAAGUGACUUUUGCAUCUCACAGUGUAAUCUUUCUGUGUUGUAUAUACAAACACAUACCAGUUGCAUCCUUUGUAGAAUUAUGUGGUUUGCGAAAUGUCUUGUUUGCCAUGUUUGAGACCGUAUUUUUUAGAGAAGUAUUUUAAUUUUGCCUUUUUUUAGGAAAAGACAAAAACAAAGUAAAAAACAAAAUCAGCAUGCUUUUUAUUGAGAAUAUGUAUACUAUAAUCAUUAUUAUAAUAAAGAAUGUUUGGCUGACUACUGUGGUUAAAGAAAGCAAAGGGUUUGGACAUUUCCCCUUCUUGUUUAUGUUGUUCUUCUCCACUAUCUGUUUCUCUUGUGUAAAAUGACCACCAGACCCAUUUGACUGGGGACCCAGGGGGAGACAGGUGUAGAUGCUGGCCCAGCUUUGCUCUCUUUGGUCAGGGUAAGUGUGGGUUGGUGCUCCUUUCUCUCUCCAGCCUCUCAAACUGGGUGCAAACCAGAAUUACGUGCAGGGGUUUGCGCUCCGCCAAAUGCACUUGAGUAUUUGAUUCUGGCAAGACAGGCUCGGUAUGGUCCUUUUAAAUUGAUUUUCAUGCAGAAAGGGACAUUUUACGCACUGUGAAGUCAUGUUGAGAGCUGGGGAGAGGCACACAGAUAGAAUGGCCUGGGUGCAUUUUGAUCUGUGGAGCAGUCCUGUUCCUGGGGUUGAUGGGUGUGCGUCUGGUCUGGUCUGGUCUGGUCUCUCCCUGCUGCACCAAAAUUCUCCCCCUCCGUGUGUCUCUGUGUCCGCUCUACUCUCUAGACCUGCAUGUGUGAUAAUCUGUAACUCUGCCGCAAAAAAAAACAAACAAAAAAAAACAACCCCGCGACAGUCCAGCUCUGAACUAACUAUCUCAACUGAAUUAGGUCACCGUGCCACCUGGAACGGGCAGCGUGAAGCCGUGCGUGAGCGUGGCGGCGUGAGCCAUGGGGAGGACUUUUAGUGCGACGCCACCGCAGUGGGAACUUGUUCUCUCACCACCAAGGUAAAUGAAAAGCAAAACAAAACCAAAAGCACUGACCUCCUUUCUCCCCCCCCCCCCCACCUGCCGCCCCUCCUUUGACUGUGCCUUGACCAAACACUCCUCCCCCUCCUCUCCUCCACCAUCACCACCUCCCCCUCUCCCCGCUCAGUAACUCCUUCGCCAUCGGUGGGGGUGGCGGGUGGGGGUGGGGCGGGGCUAGGACCCCCUCCAUGAGACUGAGUCCUGCAUACAAGGCGACUGACUUUGCCUCUCUGUCCCACUGGAGUCUGAGCUAGUGAAUAAAGGGAAGUUGUGUGUGUGUGUGAGAGAGAAAGGGGGGGGUGGGCAUGGAUGUCUGAAGAACUUUUUGCGUGGUCUUUCAUUGAUUAGUGAGGCUUGGCACAUGCGGACACACCCCUCCCCUUCUCCUGCCCGCUAGUCAACUCCUCUCCACCGCCGUAUUCGCCGCCCUCACCCCCCUUCCCUCCCUUCUCCCCAUCCCUCUUCCCUCCUCCUCCAACCCUACUGUCCCUAUGCGCCUCUCCUCUCCGCCGUUCACACACACACAGCGCUUUUUUUCCGCCGCCACCGCCGUCGCCACCUUGGAUCUGGGUUCGUGGCUCUGGCUCGGACUCAACUUCCCAGAACCAUCCACCUGACCCAACCUCCCCACCCUCCUUUGUUACCAUAGAGGCCUGGGCGUGCCAAUGGACAGUGUAUGUGUGGUGGCCCGCCGCCGGACUCAGUAACAUGACACAGAGAGACUUCAAUGUCGGACAAGUGGCUUUGCUAAAACUGUUGAAUGCUGGGUUUGCUCCGCAUGGCUGUGGAAGGGAUCUUAACUCCUGUGUGCCAAAAGAACUUAGCUCCAUUACAUCUUAAGUGAUAAAUCAACCUCAAACUAUGGAACAAUUUUCUUUCCUUUGGGCCCCUCACAGCCUGUGUGCCAAUCAGAAACAUCCUAUAAGAUAGGCCUAGGUAUGAGGCCGGUCUGACCUGUAGAUUCUCACCAAUCUCAGGGUUCCUAUAGGACUUUUCUGGUACGGCAGCUCUAUGUCUCUAAUACUGGGAUCAGCUGGAUAUGUGCUCUGAGCGACUUCAACGUGCUCUUACCUGUUAAGAUUGUGCUGAGGUGGAGAGCUCGAGCCUCGCACACACGAUCCCACAGUCGCAGGCUCUCAGUAUGUCAAACGAGUUGUCCGGCAUUUGCUCUGACAGCUGCGAGAUGGAGUCGAGACAAGGAGGGCGUCGCCAUCUGUCUGCCUAACAAAGGGAAGGAAGGGAAGGGAAGAAGGAGGACAGGAAUGAAUAGAUGAGUUGAUUAUAAGGUGAGUUGGUAGUGGAGGGUCCAAAAGCUGCACCCUAGCCUCACCUUCCUGAUCUUGGAGGACUCUAUUGUUUGUGAUAAUAGAUGUACUGACCAGAAUCUUAUUAAAAAAGGGCCCUUUUUACACUGGAUAUUUUAUUAUAAGUUGUGUAUCCUGAUAGUGCAGCUUUGACUCUGAGGUGUCUAUUUCUAGGAUGCGCUUCAUGAUCCCAACAUAGAAAAAAAUGUCAUCAAAUUAAUUGUUCAUGUAGGCAGGAAUUAAUGAGCCAGUUUUGUUCGAAUUACCCUGAAAACGAUGCUGCUUUAGAGUGAGAAGAUAAAGUGCAGACUCCCUUCCAGGCCUCCAUGAUCAGGGUGUGUGGUGCUCCAAUUUUUUUUUUCCUCCAGCCACCCCAUCCUCCCCACUCUCCCAACUCCUCACUAAAGGCUUCGUCGGGUGCUUUGCGAGUCUGGGCUUCCCGUGCUUGGGUGAAUGCAGCCACACAUCUUUUAAAAAAAAAACAACCUAAAAAACCCCUGCUCUGAAUUCUCAGUCGCACCGUACUGACAG